CUGAUUGUCAUGUGAUUUGUUUGUUGCCGCAUCAUUUCAUUUCAUUACUGUAACAAACGGACUCUUGUCUCGGAUAAUUCCCCCUUUCCCCGCUCUUUCCCUUCUCCGACAUGGACGAAACGAGCCCGCUGGUGUCUCCUCUCCGCGAAUCCAACGAACUCAGCUACGGGCCCGCCGAGCCGACCAGUCCUCGGGGUGGAUUUGGAGGCACGCCGGGCUCCGUGGUGCGUCUGCCGGCGGGGAGUCCCGGGCGUAGCCGAGAGCGGCAGCCGCUGCUGGACCGAGAUCGAGGUGCGUGUCUCCGGGAUCCACACAGGAACGAGUUCCCGGAGGACCCGGAGUUCAGGGAGAUCAUCCGGAAGGCGGAGCAGGCCAUCGAGGAGGGCAUCUACCCGGAGCGCAUCUAUCAGGGAUCCAGCGGCAGCUACUUCGUGAAAGAUUCAACGGGGAAGAUCAUCGGGGUCUUCAAACCAAAGAACGAGGAACCGUACGGACAGCUGAACCCAAAGUGGACCAAAUGGCUGCAGAAGCUCUGCUGUCCGUGCUGUUUCGGCCGGGACUGUCUGGUUCUGAAUCAGGGUUACCUGUCAGAGGCCGGGGCCAGUUUAGUGGACCAGAAACUAGAACUCAACAUCGUACCACGCACCAAAGUCGUGCACUUAGCAAGCGAGACGUUUAAUUACAGCGCUAUUGAUCGCAUAAAGUCCAGAGGGAAGAGGUUGGCUCUAGAAAAAGUGCCCAAAGUGGGCCAACGCUUUCACCGGAUUGGCUUGCCACCUAAGAUCGGCUCAUUCCAGCUCUUCGUAGAAGGAUAUAAAGAUGCAGAUUUCUGGCUGCGGCGGUUUGAAGCGGAGCCUUUACCCGAAAACACCAAUCGCCAACUCCAGCUGCAGUUCGAGAGACUGGUGGUGUUGGAUUACAUCAUCAGAAACACAGAUCGAGGAAAUGACAACUGGCUUCUGAAAUAUGACUAUCCGAUGGAUACGUCAAGCAACAGGGACUCUGAUUGGGUGUUAGUGAAGGACCCCAUCAUUAAACUGGCAGCCAUUGAUAAUGGAUUAGCGUUCCCUCUUAAACACCCAGACUCCUGGAGAGCCUACCCUUUUUAUUGGGCGUGGCUGCCACAGGCUAAAGUUCUGUUCUCCCAAGAGAUCCGAGAUUUAGUUCUGCCCAAACUAUCUGACCCGAACUUCAUCAAAGACCUGGAAGAAGAUCUGUACGAGCUUUUUAAGAAAGACCCGGGUUUCGACAGGGGACAGUUUAAAAAACAGAUAUCAGUAAUGAGGGGGCAGAUCCUGAAUCUCAGUCAGGCUCUGAAGGACGAAAAAUCCCCGCUGCAGCUGGUGCAAAUGGCACCGGUUAUCGUGGAGACGGCCCGGGCGCCGCAGCGUGCCAACAGUGAAUCUUACACGCAAAGCUUCCAAAGCAGAAGACCGUUCUUCACCUGGUGUUGACGGGAGCUUUUAUGAGUGUGUGUGCGCAUGUACGGUCUGAUUUUAAACUCAUUCCCAUUGUUUUUAGUUAUCUGCAUCAGGACACCAAUUUCUGAGUAGGAAUGAAUGACAAGAAGCAACAAAGCAGAAAUGAAUCAAAUGAGAAAAUGAUGUAAAGGAAUCAUUAUAGGAAACAGUGUUUUAAAACUCUGAAAGCGUUGGCUUGUAGAAAACACUGUAUGGACACACAAACUACAUUCAAAACCACUUGCAUGAGAGACUUUCUUCUGCAGGAAAGACCUCGACGCUUGUCUGCUGUUGCGUCCUCGCCAGCAGUCUGGAAGAGGAACUACAACGCACCGGAUGCUGUUCACAUUUAAUCACGGAUGAACUGUAAUUCACAACUGUUUCCUUAUUUUAGGGUUUUCAUGCCACGCUUGUUGUUCAAUUUUUCUCGCAUCAAAAACAUUUUAGUCAGAAUAUCACACAUAUUGUGUCUGCCACAUGAUUGUUUUGAUUAUAAUAUUUUUCUACUUUUGUCUUUAUGUGCAUAUGUCAGACAUUCAUAACACAGUGCGUAAUGUGUGGAAACACUAGAACGUUCCAGUGGGUAAUGUGUGGAAACACCGGAGCGUUCCAGUGGGUAAUGUGUGGAAACACUGGAGCGUUCCAGUGGGUAAUGUGUGGAAACACCGGAGCGUUCCAGUGGGUAAUGUGUGGAAACACCGGAGCGUUCCAGUGGGUAAUGUGCGGAAACACCGGAGCGUUCCGGUGGGUAAUGUGCGGAAACACCGGAGCGUUCCGGUGGGUAAUGUGCGGAAACACCGGAGCGUUCCGGUGGGUAAUGUGCGGAAACACCGGAGCGUUCCGGUGGGUAAUGUGCGGAAACACCGGAGCGUUCCGGUGGGUAAUGUGCGGAAACACCGGAGCGUUCCGGUGGGUAAUGUGCGGAAACACCGGAACGUUCCCAGUGUGGAAACACUGGCACGUUCCAAUCUCACAGUGACAUUCUUUUUGCUUGAUUUUGAAAAUCAAAAUAUAUUGCAAUUGUUUUUUUACUGGUGUCAACAAAACUGACCUUAAAACAUGAAAAUGGACUGUAUAAUUUGUAUGUAAUGUAUUUAAUGAAAGAUGUUAACACUAUAACAGUGCAGUACUCAUUAAAAGAACAGACUUGAGUUUUACUUCAAAAACAUUUUAAUCGGAAGUUCCAGCUUAAUGGCAAUGUGAAAAAUAACUCCUAUUCUUGCACAUAUAGCGUUCUUACUUUCAAACCACCUUUAUGCAAAAUGCUGACAUAAAGAAUACAUUUAGCUACAUUGUAUAAGUCAAGCCGUAUUGCUUCUCAAUGUCUGUCUAAGUGACAGAAGAAGACAUGAAAUGAUCGGUAAGAAUGAUUAGUGUCCAGCAUAUCUCUGUAUGUCACCUACUGGUGCAUAAUUUACAUAUUACCACAGAGAGUAUCUAUAUCCACAGUAAUGAUUAGAAGAGAACUGCUCUGUUGCAGUAAAUGCAAACACAUUCUUAUAUAUAUUGACUAUUAAACACCACCGGAGGUCAGAACUCUCCCUGAAGGAUGACUACAGCACAUAACGUUAAAUAAUAGAAAACCAUACAUGUCCAGCCCCCAUACAUUCAUUUAAAAAAGGAAGGAAUAGUUCACAGAAAUCCUAGUUCUGUUAUCAUUUACUCACCACUCAUGUCAAUUUAGCAGAAUGUUCAGACUACUCCUUUUCAUACAAUGGAAGUAAAUGGUGACUUUAGCAGUUAAGCUCCAAAUAGGAUGAAAAGUACCAUAAAAUAAGUCCAUACAACUCGUGUGCCAAAUUCCAUGACUUCUGAUGUAGUCAUUAGUCCCCAUUCACUUUUAUUGUAUGUAAUAGAACAACUUGGAUAUUCUGUCUAACCUCACAGAAGAAAGUUAUACGGGUUUGAAAUGAUAUUAGUGUGCAUAAAUGAUCAAAGAUGUGUCAUUUUGUGCGAACUACCCCUUUAAUAGUGUUCCACUGCUGUUGUGCGAUCUGGUAGUGUGCUUGAGGUCAAAGGUCGUGAGAAUGGCACAAAUCUGUAGAGUUUGAGGUUUUCCCAACAACUCUGUGCCUCAAUUCCCAGGUAUAACAGAACUCGCGUCCUGUGGGAUUAUUGUGUCCGUUCCCAGCCACGCAGGGCUGUAGUGUUGUUCAUUGCUCGUUUAAAGGGGUAGUUCACUCAAAAAUGACAAUUCUGACUCGUUCCAAACUCAUAUGACUAGAAUAAGAUGUUAGGCAGAAUUUUAGUCUCAGUCACCAUCUACUUGCAAUGCAUCCUUAUUCCAUACAAUAAAAGCGAAUGGUGACUGAGGCUAAAAUUCUGCCUAACAUCUUAUUCCGGGCAGUAAUUUAAUUCCAUGCUUUUAAUUAGUGUUAACCGCGCACUGUUCCGUUUUCCGCUAGCGGUAUCAGUGUCGGAUCCGGUGCAGGUAGCGUUCCGGGUCUUUCUGCUGAACGGCAUUCCAACUCCAUCUGGGACCACCAGACGGCCCCUGAGUCUCUUCGUCUGGGGGCAGGAAGUCAGCUUGGUCACAUGAUCCAGCCUCAAACGUGCUUGGCCCUCCACAGGCUCCCAAAGCAGAUGCAUCAUCAUCAUCAUCGUCACCUUCUCUGGUUAUGACAUCAGAUGAUUGGCCUACUGACCCCUCAUUGA